UUUCAAGAAAGCAUUCACCAGAUUUACCGUUUCCAGAGUGAAAUUCUCAUGGAAUCGAGCAAAAAAGUGGAUUUUAGUGUUAUGAAAAUAUGUCUUAGAAAAUUUCCAAAAAAGUGAUAUUAAAAAGUUUUAUUCCUUAUAAAAACGGUUUAAUCAAGUAGAUUAGAGUUCCCUUAAAACAAUGAUGUGCAACUUUAAGUGUCCGGUGCAAAAUUUAAGGUAAAAAUAGGGUGUUCAAUGAUGACGUGACUCGUGUGCGAAGAUGGAAACUUGAUUGAACUUUCGCACAAUUCGCCAUUAAAUUUUCAUUUUCCUUUAGAGGAAAAUCUGAGGAUUUUCUGGGAUUAUCUGAGGUGGGAUUAUGAACCCUAUAAGUAAGAGACUUUCUUGGCAUAGUUGGAGAAUCUGUACGGUUUGCAUGGUAGUCAGAAAAAAUCACUGAACUUGAACAUCAUUUUUGUGUGCGAAAGUUCAAAGCCUCCCCCUAUUAGGGGGAAGUGUAGCACCUUCAUCAGACCAAUUACGAAGCUAAAUUAUAUCAGGGUAAGGUCCAGUUUUAUUUAAAAAUAGGACAAAAAAACGCAAUUUCAAAGCUGCUUCAAUUCAAAGGUGCUUUACUUCUCCAUACUUUGUGAUUUUCCGUUCGUUAUAAGGAUAUUCAUUUCCAAUUUAGUAAAAUUUCCUCAUAUUUUUCUACUUGAAAUAAUAUAUUUUUUGCAAACUUUGAGGAAACAAGUGACGAAUCUUUUUUUGGAAUGGUGUACCCUUUGAAUUGGACUGACAAACAACUUUUUUUCUGUCAUAACAAUUAUUAGUAAAAAAAUGUAGAAUAUAGCCCCUACUAGACCUAAGACUUUAUGCAUUCUGCGAAGUGUUGUUCACUUGGUCAUCCUUAUUUUUGCUUUUGCGAAAGUAGAACAGUGAAAUAUAUAUGAUGAUCAGAUAGAUUGGUAGAGAGUAUUCGCAAAUAUAAAAUAGUGAGGAAAUGAAAUAGUUUUUGAUUGUGUCACAAUAGAGCAUUUUCGGAUGGGUAUUGGCUAAAAAAAAUUGAGGCAUUCAUCUCUUUCUUACUUUUCUGAUAGAGCUUUUUAUACAGAAAUUGGGAAAAUUAUUUGGGUUUUCCGUCUGCUUGUGUAUAAAUGUAUUUGUAUUCGGUGGUUCAUGGUGAAAUUUUCGUGUAUACCGAUUCUCCUGGUUUGUUCUCUCUUUAUAUAUUGCUUUUUGUUCUAACUGAGAUCCCUCUGACAGAUUUUGUAUGUGUGUCCAUGUUAUGUGUACCAGGAAAUUGGGGAAAAAUCUCGUGAAUAUUCUCUCUCUCGCUUGCUCUCUCUCUAUCUCUGUCCUGUGUUUGAAAUGCUGUGUAUUCUAUCCUCUUUGAAGAGAGAAAAAUUCUGUCUGUUUCACUCUCUAAAAUUUUCUGUUGGGAUUCUUCAAAGUGUGUCAGAGAGAAAUUCCCCUCUUGGUUUUAAUGGUGACAGCCUGCCAGGCAGUCAACGAGCCAGCCAAGCUUAGUCAGGCAGCUCUAGAGUGAGAAGGUAGCACUACUGCAAGAAAGGAGAUUCAGUGUUGGCUGAAAGGAGAGGAAAAUCAGAUUUUCCUCAUUGUGUGCUCGAGACCAGCCAGUUCGGUCGGCGCCUUCGUGAAGGCAUCAUCAUACUUUGAGGAAAGACUUUUGCAACUCUGUGUGUUAUCAUACAACGGGAUUUUUUUUCUUUAUCUCCUUGUUUAACUAAAUACAAUAAAAAAAUAUAGUGCAUAAAAUUAAUUGUCAAUAUCAAUUGCUACAAUUGCCCAAAAAUAGGACACACACAGAUGUGAUGUAAAAUUUUGAGAAAGUGCUUUCGCAUUCUGCAGUGUCUAUACUGUGCACAAAAGAAUAGUGCUCUCAAAUGAGUAUCGCAGUGAAAAGUGAUUACAUCUACAGAUGGAGUAUUUGCUUUCAGUAGAUUUUUUUCUAAAAAAAAAAAUGCCCGAAUUUCUCAACAUUACUGAUGCACAAAGUGCAGAAGGAAAGUGACAAAAUGUAAUGCAUCUCGUAUUGGAAUUAGUCUCAAAUGAUCAAAGCUUAUAAGAAUUCAAAUUUUUUUCUUAGAAAAGAAAAGUAAGAAAAUUCAAAGUGAAAAUCUAAUGGUCUAAAAGAAGUGCAAAGUGUAAACCAAGCAGAAAAAAAUAGUAAUUCCAUCAGUGUUUUUCUUUCUCUUGAAAGAAAACUGUAUGAGUGGGCUUUGCCAGAGUGGGAUGAUGGGAAAAAUGAAGUGUAGUAGAUGAGGGAAGAGAUAGAAAAAGCAAGAAAAAAAAGAGUAAGAAAAAGAACUUGUUGUGUAAAAAGUGUUGAAUGAGAUUCAUUCUUGCUGUUGACGAAAAAAGUAUCUAUUUUUAAAACAAAGUUUUUACUCAACGCAAAAAUAAUGGCAACUUCGAGUGAUGCCCAGUGACAAUUUCUAAAAAAAAGAAUGGACAGCAAAGUGAAUUUUCAUGGAAUAUGAGAAUCUUAUUAUACAAAAAAAAAAUAAAAGAAAAUACUAAAAAAAGAUUUAUAAAAUAAAGAACAAAAUAAUAAUCACAAUAAAAAAAGAAAAAUAUACUUUAAAAUAGCUUUAAAUCUUGUUAUAUUGCAUAUUAGAUGAAAAAGACUAUAUAUUUACAAUUAAUAUUUACUAAUUAAGAUCAUAUUGAUAAUAACUAAUGAAAAACUCUUAAACCACGAAGACUAUUAAUCUCUUAAAUAACUAAUAUACCCAUUAAUUACACUAAAAGUCUAAGAAAAAAAUAUGUGAUAGAAAAGUAUGUGAUUAGUGCUAUUGAUAAGUUGACAGAGAAAAGAAAAAUGAGACAAAAAAACAUGAAUAUGAGCAGAAUAUUUGAUGAAAAUAUACAAUUAAGUUGUGAUUGCAUUAUUCUAUAUGAAUAAAUCAUUUCAAUUGUGGUGAAGACAGUGAAAAGAAUAAAGGCUAAGAAAAACGUAUCGAACAAUACUCCUUAUGAUUAUUGAUAAAAAAAAUAAAUAUAAUAAGUGAAGUGUUAAAUAGGAAGAAUAUUUAAUUACUAUGGUAAAUAACUUAUAGUGCAUCACUGCCAAUUUUCUAUAUAUAAAAUCUCCAUUUAAUAAAUAAGCAUCGAGAAAUACUGAAAGCUCUUUAUCUCUAAAGUUUAUGAGAUUGGGAAUAGGGGAAUUCAAGUGAAAAAUCGGAUACUCUAUUUACUUAUAUCUACUUUUCCUGUAGACGAAAGGAUGUGAAACAUUUUUGUUGCUGUUCCUAAGAUUUUCCCCAAAAGCAGAGAUAUUGUGUGUGAAAAGUGGAAAAGAAGAAAUUGCAAAAGUUAUAUUAUAUGAAGUAAUUAAUAUUAAUGGAACUAUAAUAAAUACGUAUUAAAAAAAAACUGUAGAACUAUAUUAAUAAUAAGGGAAUAUUUAGUGGUAAUACACAAUCUACGAUUCUUCCGCUUUGUAUACAAAAAAAAACGCCUGAAAUAUUUCAUAUACAAGAUAUCACAAGAGGAAAAUAUUUAGUAUAGCUCUCGUGCAAAAAGACGAGAAAUUAGUUGGGGUGUGUGAAGAGGUGGAAAUAAAAUGAAUUCAGCUUCAACCCAAAUUGCCGUGGCACCAACGACACAGACUGCGUCUCCAACGUCACCAUCGCCAUCAUCCGGACAAAUAUCACAGAAGGAUUUCCUCGAGGAGCCAUUGCCAAGACAAAAUAGUUUGGGUGGAAGCGGCAGCAACAGACAUAGAGGUGGCGGUGCCAAGGGUAAACAUCUAACACGGAGUCAUGCAAUGCGUGAAUCAACGUCACCACCACGAACACCAACACCGCGUUCUGACUUGCUGACGAGCACAGCGUCCUCGCCAAUGACUUCAUCUGUGAACACGAGUGUGUCACAGGCGUGUGGUGACAUUGCUCCUGCCACAUCGAGUGAAUCUCGACUCCAUGUACAAUCAUCGGCUACAUCGACAUCACCCACAUCGGGGAGUCCGUCCCCCAAUCUACUCGAUACACCAUCCGUUAUCGUAACACAGCAAUCUCAGCAGCAAUCGCAAACCUCACCGCCUAUCAUCUUUUCAACGGAUGACGGUGGUAGAAGUCAGUUGGAUGUGGAUUUUCCAAAAUUGACACCGCCAAAGUCAAAGUCACCAAGAAAUAUGGGUGAUAAUAAUAAGUCAAAUGUGGCCCAACAGACGAGCCCCAAAGCACCCACAAGCAAUCACACAAACAGUGGUACAAACACUGAAACAAUUGCAAUUCCCAAUCAUCAUCAUCACCAUCAUCAUAGACACCCAAAUAAUUCACCGGGAAAUGUGUCUCCGUGCUCUCAGCAUUCGUCCAAUGGCGGAGGCUGUGCUGCGAUCAAUGUGGUGGAUACUAGUCCGAUCCCAUCGCCACAGGGAACGCAUUCGUAUGAGAAGGAGGGCGGCGGUAGGAGUAUGCGCGAGGGACAAUGCAAUUACGAGGGUGAGGGUGAAAGUCCGCCGGAUGGACCUGGUGGUGGACGUGGGAAUGCUGAACGUGGUGGCGGAAAGAAGCACAGAAAUGGUCCAAGUGCCAAAGGUACGAAGCCACGACUCAAGGCAAUGGGCUCAUCGUCCAGUGCAGAGGGGAGUGGUGCGAGUGGAAAUGGAGGCUGUGCUGGUGAUAAUUCAUCGGAACAAUAUACUGAUCAAAGUGGAGUGGAUCUGAUACAAUUCUUCAAGGAGACACUGAAUAAGAAUCUAAAAGACAGAACAAUGUUGCUUCGCAUUGAAAAGGAAUUACUUGCCUUAGUGUAUGACAGAUCUCGUACUCAGAUAAAAUUCCCUCCAGCAUCGUCAUACAACAGAAUGCUAAUACAUCGGACGGCCGCCUAUUUUGGCAUGGACCACAAUGUCGAUGCAACACAAACCUGUGUAAUAGCUGAAGUUACCAAGAACACGAGAGUUCCAGAAAUUCGCUUCGAGUCACUUAUUCGGGAAAUGGAUGAACCACGUAAGUCCAUUCUCAAGCGAGAUUCGCACAGUUUCGAUGAGUAUCGUCAGGGACUCUUGCCAUGUCCGGAUCGUGGGAUGUUAGAUCGUAAAUCGAAGAGUUUUGAGGAGCGUGAGGAGGAGUAUGAACGUGCUCGACGGAGAAUUUUCAAAGAUAGAGAUGGCGGAGGUGGAGAUUAUUCGAUUGAGGAACAACAGUGGCCAUGGUCGAGCUCUGAGAGUUCUGAGAAUUCUGGAAGGCACAAAAUGGCACAAAAUAAUCGCCUGCUGAAAGUUCAAUCUCUGUCUGUGGAUACUCGAGGUGAUGGACGUCCAUGUGUAUCGAAAUCACAUAGUUUUGGGGGAUAUGGUGGUCCCAUGCAGUCUACAGGAUCACAAGGACAUCACUUAUCGCGGGGUGAUUCAGUGACGUCCACCAAAAGUGCAGGACCUCGACUCUUCCCAAAGCAAGACUCUGUUGGCAGCACAAAUACACCCUGGAGGUGUUCACCGUCGAGUAGUGGAUACAAAACACAAACACAAUCUCUUCGUUCUGAUUCCAUAACACCGUCACCGACUGGUUACGGUAGCGGCGAUCACACGCCGGAGCCACAAUCCGUGCUCCCGUCGCCAGCUGCCCGCGGUGUCGUGUGGGCUGUUACGGAUAUGGCCAGUGUACCGCGUGGCAGUGUCCUCAUUGAUCCGCAAACACUGCAGCCUAUUGUCAAUCAGGACGGUUCACUGUAUUUAUUUGAUCCGUCAAAUUUGCCACCAGGAAAUCUUCACAAUAACAAUAACAAUAAUAUUAUGAUAAAACCUCCAACACAUGUGCCACGAAGCAAGAAAUAUGACAAGACAAAGACAUCAAUGAGGAACAAUGAAAAUUGUGAUGGCAAUGAAAGUAAUAGUUUAACGCACAGCGUUAUUAUGGAAAAUCAAACAACAAAUUCUUCCAAUGAAGAUUUAACUAGUCCCCAAAUUGAUGAGGAUGAUGUCAAUGCAAGACAAUCCGAAUCUCCGGUGCAACAGCAUCAGGUGGAUGAAAUGAAGAUGUCACCGCAGAAAAUGCAGAAGAGUCAAGCGACUAGUCCAAAUAUUCCUACGCAAGAGGUGAUUCUUCAAGCAGUUGCAGUGAAUGAAGUUCCACCAAUUGCGACUAAUCAAAGCACAAGUUCAACACCGGCAAGCACAUCUACCACAAUCAAUUGCGAAUCUGCUUAUUUAACAACAACUGCUUCUUCCACAUCCACCGUCGCGACAACAUCCCCUACCACGGAGCCCGUAGUGACUCCCAGCACAACUGUCACGAAUGCCAUCACCACCACCACAUUCACUACCACAUCCGGCACCCAAUGCGCCACUAAUCAUCCCCAUCAGCCAUCGUCGACGUCGCAUACUAAUGCCACUCACAGCAGCAAUAAUGUACAGGAUACGGUCAAGGUGCAUCACCAGCAGCAUCCCAGGCAGGAGGAUACAUCCUUGGCCAAGUCAUCUGUGGUGCCGUCUGUGAUUCCCGUGAUGGGAUAUACAACCACAACGGGAUAUCCAGCCAUGGAGAAUGGUGCCAUGUUUCCUGCCCCCAAUGCUCCAUUCCCAACAUAUCAGCAAGGGCCGGACGGAAGUGUGUAUGCUGUUCCGCCGAUGGUGUACGCCUAUCCGCCUCCUAUGGAGUCCGAAAUGUCUGGCUACUUCCUGCCCAUGUACGAUCAAGCGGGUACACCUCGUGACACGGGUCUCAUGCCUGCACCUACGCCAACAGCAGCUCUCUAUCAGCCAGCAGCCGCGGCGGCAGCGGCUGCUGCGGCUACGGUGGUACCCAUGACGCCAUAUGCGCCCACUGCUUACUCGAGCGGCCCACUGUACACUCAGGGUCAGGUGGUCUAUACGGCAGCCACGGAUCAGUUUGGGAGUCCGGCGGCAGCCGCGGCUACGCCCCAGUACCCAAUCCCAGCGUAUCCUACCAUGACGUAUCCGUAUCCUACGUACAACGGCACCACGACAUAUCAGGGCUACUGGGGCCAGCCAAUGGCCACAACGUACUAUGUGCCACAACCGCAAUUGGUGCCACAUCCAGCACCAACGGCCAAUGGAACUGUGGGCGGUAGCAGCAAGAGGGGCAGUCCGCCGCAGAAUACCACUCAGCAGAGUCACGGAUCAAAUCCAUCCACGCCGCAGACGACGACAUUCAACAAUCCCUUCGGGUCAGCGGGUGUGCCAGUUGCUGCUGCUGGCGAUCCAGCCACCAUGUACGCUUUACCUCAACCUGUCUACCCCAAUAUGCUUCCAUACGCUUCGCCGGCCACGGUUCCUGGACCGGCGAGUGCGGCUGUUCCUCAUCUGCCGCAUCAUCCACAUGCUCAUCACGGGGGAUCAGAUGGUGUCAAAAUAAGAUAUGGCGUGAUGUCAACGUCACAGUCACAGCCAGCUCCUCAAGCUCAUCAGAAUCCCAUUCAUUCUGAUUCAACGCAAAGCUCCUACAAUGCUCAGAGUUCUGGAACUCCACAGUCAGCCCCUAGUACACCCCUGUCCUUACCACUUCCUCUGCCAACGGGUCAUAUGUCCAAGGGCGGACCACCCAUUUUUCCCACGCCACCAAUCAUGACGAAUGGCUUCGGGCCGCAAUUCCCGGGCUCGGUGGCGAGUGGGGAAAAUGGGUAUUCAGGCAGCUAUGAGAGGAAGAACAAUGCCAAUGGCAGUGGGCAACAGACGGGGCAGCAUUCGAAUCAGCAGAAUGGCAGACGAAAUAAUAAUAAUAAUAGUGGUGCUCCGGGGAGUGGUGGAAGAUCUGGGCAGAAUUCCUUCGGUGGACCCCAUAUGUCACAACAGACAAAUACGACUCAUUCGGCUGGUCCGAGGAAGAAUUUAUCACAUGACAAUACUCAAGGCAAUGUCACACAGAAUCGUCCAGCAAAUUCAGGACCCUUCCAGAAGCCCCGGAAUGGCGGGGAAGGAGGUCCGGGGCCCAAGGGUGGCUCUGUGCACUCUGGGCCAGUGACAUCGGGCACUGGGGCCAAUACCAUGUCCCAGAGCAGUGUGGACAAGGUGACAACGCCACGGGGACCACGGCCAAAGCCAGCGAAUCUCGAUCUCAGGCGCAGCAAUAGUCAGCGCAAUACACCGAGCACCAACUCCACAGAGAGCAACAAUUCACCCAACAGUAUUGCUUCGAGUGAGCAUCAGCCUGUGUAUAUGACCAGGGGUACUCACAAUCCACCCUUGGCACAUCAUCCGGCCACAGCUACAGCCAUGGGAAUCGAUCCUACAGCCUGCCAUCAGCCACUCAUCGGGGCAGCCUACAAUCCAGCUGCAGGGAUGUACGUGAAAUUCGGCCAGACAUAUUUCACUCAUCCAACAAUGGGUUUGACAUCAAAUCGUCGAUCGCCACCGUCAGAUGUUCGUCCACCGCCUCUGACACCCAUUGCCCCGGGAAUGUAUCCCAUGAAUAUGAUGCUGCCAGGUAAUAAAUAUUUUAUGAGGCCUAAUGAAAGUGAGUGGAUGGCUAAAAAAUGGUCUUGUGUGUCGAAAAUAGCACCACGUCAUUUGGGGCCACGUCCAACGCAUUCGGGCGGCUACAAGGGUGGAAACAAGGGUGGUGGCCAUCCGCCAGCUGGAGUGGCAGCUUCGGCAACACCCAGAUAAAUCCGGGCGUACUCCCAAGAUUAUUAAAGUGCGAGUGAUAGUGCGAGAAAGAAAGAAAUUAUGCGUGUGGCUUUUUUUUUUGGGAUUGGAAUGCAAAGAAGUAAAAGGAGAAAGAUUAAAAUUUUUCCAUGUUCCAGGAUCUUCCGAAAAAAAAAUUGAGUUUGGGGCUGAAAUGAUGAAGAAGGGGGGAAUAGGGGGAUGUAGAUGAAGGUACUGGAUGAGAAUUUGGAUGCGAUCUGAGAGAGGGUAUUCUUGAUAGGACGUGAAAAUUUCAAGGAUAGAAGUUACAUGAGAAAGAAAAAAAUAAUCAUUAAGGAUGUGCAAGAAAAGAGAGAUUAAAUAAAAAAAAGCGUGUGAAUGAGUCAAACUAUUUUUAAUAUAAUUAUUAUUAUUAUAUUACAAUAUGAUAAAGAAUAUAUAAAUAUACACCUAUUAUAUGAUAAAUUAAAGAUCUACAAAAAAAGAGUUAUUUAACAUGUAAGGAAGAGAAAUAUUAUAUGAUUAGAAGGAGAAGAUAAUGAAAAAAUAUUACCGCCCGAGGAGACCACGAAAAAAAAAAACAAGUGACAAAGAGAAUAAGGAAAGGGAGAGCACGAAGGUGGAAGAAGGUGAAUGAAUUUGGGACGAGAAAGGGGGGAAUGUUUGCAAAAAAAUAAAUGCAGCAACAUAAAAUGCGUGGAUGGAAUGAAGUACGGAAAGAGAAUGUGCGUGAAAGAAGAAUGAGAAUCUACCGAAACUGUGAGAAUUUGCCAUAUUUACUUAAAAAAAAAAGAAAGAAAAAAAUAAGUCGAAGAUUAGAGAAGUAAAGAAUAAUAAAAAAAAAUGAUGAAAGCAAAAAAAAGAGAAAUAAGAAUAUUAAAAAAGGGAUAAUUAUUAAUUAAAUAAUAAAUAAUAAUUUCAUCAAGUUAUGUUUGACUCCUAAUCUAUUCAUUAAUGAUUAAAGAAAAAAAAGAAAGAUGAAUAAAAAAAAUAUGAAGCAGGUAAUUUAAUAAUUAAAAAAUUUAUUAUUAUGACAAUGAUCUCGUUUUCCCCCUCCCUUUUUUUCCUUCGGAUUGGACGAUUGAACGAUGAAAGAGUGCGUGAGUGUGAGCGAUACUAAAAAAAAAAAAACAUCUCGAAAUAAUUUUUUGAAUUUUUUUAUACAAAAAAAAAACGAUACAAGGAAAAGAGUAUGACUACAAAAUCCAUCUUAUUAUUUAAUCUUUAAGCUAUUUUUUUUUGUUUUCUGUAUUAUAUUGAGGAAAUAUAUAUUGUUUUUUUUUUCUUUUUACUUCUGUAUAUUUUUUUCGAGGUAUAUAAAAAAAAGUGAAAAAAAACGAAAUUAUCAAUAUACUAUUGAUGAGGUAAAAAAAAAGUGAAAUAAUAAAAAAAAAAGUUGAAAGAAAAUUUUUUGUUGCCUAUUCUAUAUACUAUAUACAAGAGAAGAUGAAGGAAAACAAGUUGAAUAAAUGUGUUACUCUAAGAUGAAUAUAUUACGAAAAUGUAUUUAUUUUAAUUUAUAUACAAGAAAUAUAUAUAUGAGGAAUCCUAAACAA